GCAGUAGGGCGAUGCAGGCGGGUAAUAAUGGACGAGUCGAACCGAAUUUGGCAAGCGUGGGAACUGCGUCGACUGUUGGUUUCAAGUCGUUGCCCGCGGGGUCCAGCGGGCCCCGAGCUAUAAAAUCAAAUGAAUAUCCAGGCGUUGUGACUCUCUUGUAUCUGCGGCAGCCAGGUGGAACCGACUUUCCGCACGCCAAAACCGGGCACAUUAACGCCAAACAAGCUUCAGAAUGGCACUGGGCGUAGUUGUCUUGCUCGGCGGCUUAGUGGCCGCCUUUGUGCUACGUGCUAUUUGGCAAUGGCGGCGUUUAGCACACAUUCCCGGGCCGUUCACGGCCGGCUUCUCCAAGCUAUGGGUCUUUCGGGAAGCCGUCCAGCUUCGGCUGCCCGGGGCAUACCACGAGAUGGGCAAGCGAUAUGGGUCACUCGUGCGUGUCGGUCCCAACGAGCUCAUCACUGAUGAUCCCGAUAUCUUGCGAAGGAUGAUGGCCGCCCGGUCUCCCUACACCCGAGGGCCCUGGUACGAGGCAUUUCGGGUUGACCCAAGCAGAGACAACGUGUUAACCCUGCGAGAUGACCAUCUUCAUAACGCGCGCCGCGCAAAGAUACUUCCUGGUUACACGGGCAAGGAGAAUCUGUCGAUGGAGGGCAGCAUAGAAACCCAGAUCGCAAGGCUGGUCGAGCUCAUAGAAACGAAAUACCUGUCCACCGAUCAGGAGUAUCGCCCGAUGGACUGGGGCGUCAAGGCACAGUAUUUCACCUUGGAUGUCAUCGGUGAGCUCGCGUGGGGCCAGCCGAUGGGGUUCCUCGAGUACGAUGCCGACGUUUACGACUAUAUCAAGAUCACCAUGACGUCUGUCCCCGCCAUGAUGGUGAUUUCAACAUAUCCUAUGUUGACAAAGGUUUUGCACUCGCCCUUUUUUCGCAAGAUCUUACCGAAGGAUACCGACAAGAUCGGGUUCGGAGCUUUGAUCGGCAUUGCAAACCACGUCACCGCCAAACGUUUCAAGCCCGAUGCUCCCGAUCACCAUGAUAUGCUCGGAUCCUUCAUUCGCCAUGGCCUGAACGAGGACGAAGCUGCGGCGGAAACGCUGAUUCAGAUAGUCGCCGGAAGCGAUACCUCGGCUUCGACCAUCCGCGCCGUCACGCUGUAUACACUGAGCAACCCACCAGUAUACCAAAAGCUGCAAGCCGAAAUUGAUGAAGCGAUUAGCAUGGGGAGGAUAUCAUCCCCCAUCAAGGACGCCGAAGGCCGGCAGCUCCCAUACCUGCAGGCGGUCAUCAAGGAAGGCCUUCGCAUGAUGCCUCCCGCCUCCGGUGGCAUGUUCAAGCAGGUACCUCCUGAGGGAGAUACGAUAGAUGGAAAGUUCGUUCCCGGUGGCACGCAAAUUGGCUCGAAUGUCAUGGCAAUCCACCGUUCUAAAAAGAUUUACGGCCCGGACGCGGAUAUCUUCCGACCGGAGCGGUGGCUCGAGGCCGAAGGGGAACAACUCGCCCGAAUGUCCAGUACCGUGGACUUGGUCUUUCACUCUGGGAAAUUCCAGUGUCCCGGCAGAGGUGUGGCCUGGAUGGAAUUCAACAAGAUCUUCGUCGAGUUGUUUAGGCGAUUCGAUUUCUCGCUUGCAAACCCCGUUCAGCCGGCUCAUAUUCGCAAUGCUGGUCUUUGGUUAAUCGACGAAUUUUGGGUGCGCGUAACUCGGAGGAACGAAGAGCGGUCAAGGUCUUGAUUACAAAGUUGGGCACCAGGUGUAUGUAUGGCCAACAUGUGGGAAGGAUUCCUGGCAUGUCGACUUCAUAGUCACGUAUUUACGAAUACUAUUGUUCAUAUGAUA